AGGGGGACUUCUAUUAUCAGUAUUAGUCAUUCUCUCAUAUCAUAUGUGGUCUGGAACUGUCAGAACUGAAGUGAAUUGUGUAGUGUAUUUUCUUUUCUCUCUUCGCAAAUAUCCAACUUCCUGAAUAAUAACACACCUGGAAAUUCUUAUUACAGGGCUCGCUUUCACAUCAAUGGUGAUUAAUUUGAUUUAAUUUCGAAAUGGCCAAAGUCUUGAACAAUAUCUACGACCUACUUUACCCUAGUCCGCCAGCUCUGCAAGAUCUCGCAGCAAUCGCAAUCGCAGCAAAAAUGUGGCAUAAAAGAACAAUCGAGAUAUUAUGUGAUAGUAAUGCUUCAGACGAUGACAAGGCGAAUUGUUUUUGGUCUGAAGUUUCAUUGCGCAGUGAACUCCCUGAGCUACCAUCUACCAUUCUUUCCAUCGUGGAAGGAUAUUUUGAUAAAGUUCGAUUUUCAUAUUCUGGUUAUUCCCGUGAGAAUUCGGUCGAGACUUUCCACGAUAUCGUUUGCAAUUUCUACGGAACUAUUGAUAAUGAUAAACGCGCGAAACUUGCGAUGUUGAGUGAAGAAGUCAGCGAUGUCGAGAAGUUCAAGAUUGCUUGUAGAUUUUGCUUGGAGGAUGAUAUAAAACGAAUUUGGCCAUCUGUAUCAGACUCGGAAGACUUGAACUUGGAUGAUGAUCAUUUACAGUUUCAUCGUGAUCCUUUGUUGUAUUACUGGGUUUACCGUCUAAGGGAUCAGUUGCAUAAAAUCCCCUUAUCAGAUUUUGGUUAUGCUACUAUCGAUGGAAAAGAAAUUCAAAUUUUUGAUCAUAAUUGGUCUGCCGUCGAGUACUUUUGGAACCGUUUGAAAGUUGCAGACCGAAAAGAAAGUGCAGCUCAUUUACUUAAACAUAGGGGACAGAUAUUCUGUAGGUAUAUAUUUGCAAGAUUGACCGAGGAUGAACUUAAUACAUUGAUGACUGAAAGAAGGGAUAGUUUUUUGUGUACUAUAUUGAAUAGUGAUUUCCAUGCUUUGAACUCAGACGACGACAUCGCUGGGGGUUGCAUUCUAGCUGUAUGGGAAUAUAUUAAACAUAAAGUAAGUGAAAGAGAUUUUAUUUGCGCGGUAGGAGAGAUUAUAAAGAAUCAGGCUAUACCCAUGGGUGACAUUUGGAGCGACGAAUCUUUCUCUAACGAAUUUUGGAAUUGUACACCAGAUCAUUUAAAACAGGUUGCUAUCCAUGAUGUUUUACUUGAUCGAUCUUUAUUCGUGAAGAAUAACCCUAGUGAUCACAGAAAUAAUUGGCUUAUAUGGUCUGUUUUGACUGAUGCACUCUUUGAAGCUAGAAGCGCUUUUUGGAACGCAAAUUUCCAUGUCGUAUUACCUGGUACGAAAAUGGAAGAUUUGCAACAAUUUCUCACCCUAUGUUGCGAGACUGAAAGUGACAUUAUUUUGUUCAAAAAAAAUCACAUGUCUAAAUAUGAAAACGUUGGACAAGUCUGCUUGGAAUACCUGAAAAAAUUCAGUUUCGAUGAAUUGAACCAAUAUUUAAAUUUUUGCUGCGUGGAAAAGGAAACCAUUUCAGCUUUAAAACUCGAGUUGUUAACUGAUUACCUAAAUUUUCUCCAUAACAAUUAUCCCCCUAUGCGCAGAACUGGUACAGAGAACAAUAUCAUUGGUCAUAUUCAUUCCCUGUGUGCGUUCAUCGAUGAUGUUUAUAACGAUAUCGACCUCGCAGCUGAUUUCAAAACUCAGGUCUUGUUGGCUCCUCGAACGAUCGAACUUCUAGCUAGAUAUGUCAUUGAGAAUCACCUUGAGGAAGUAAUGCCGUUUGUCGACUCAUUUGCGGUGUCUGAGGAAGCGGCGAUUAAUUUUAAACAUGUUUUGGUGCCUUCUCUGGUGAAUCUCCUGUCAACUGGAGAUCUUUUUUAUUUCAAAUUUGAUAAUGACUGCUUUGAAAAUUUUAUGCGAUGGUGUUUUGGAAGUGACGAUGAGAUCUCAGCAUUUAAACGAACUGUUCCUGUUGAUGAAAUCGUCCGAAAUCUCUUAGAAGGCCAGAGCUACAUCCAGGAUUGCGAUUAUGAAGAUUUAUGUAAAUUUUAUUCUGACCUCGACAAAUUUUUAGAAUGGGUUUUUUCCUCUCCCGAGGAAGUUGCAGAGUUUAAAAAGAAGUUAGAUGGGUUUGAGGAAUACACUAAAUUGUGAAAGUAGUCCAGCAUUUUUUAUAUAUUUAUUGUAAGUAUUUUUAUGUAAAGAUUAUUGUUUGUUCUUUUGUUACAUAUUUUAGAAAUAAAUUUUGAUUAAAAACACAAAAAAAAAUUGUUUCACUAAAAUUAAUCAUUUGAAAUGCCUGGAGAAAAUUUUAAAAAAUCUCUGAAGGCUCCUCAAUGCUCCAAAACUAGUACUUGUUAAUGUGCGAGGGUUGAAUUGGAGAAAUCGUUUAGAUUGCUUCACCUCGGUCAAAAAAAAUUAUGUUUCAUGGCGAAAGAAAAGUCGCCCAUAACAUCGACUUUUGAAAUUUAUUAAUUUUUCAAAAAAUCUCCAAAAAUUAACUUCAGCCGGUCACAAGGGUUUCAGGACAAUCAGGACAUGCUCUUUCCACCUAAUAGCUUGGUUUGCAUUUAGUUUGCAUUCAAAUCGAAGAGUGCCAGUUCAAAAAGUUCAUUCAUGGGUGAAAAAAACACAUACCUACAAAUAAUUAGCAAAUAGUAUCUAAAAUAUUCAACAAAAUAGUUUAUUUUCAUUACAAGAUCAAAAUAAUGCUCAUUAACUUUGGUAUUAAAUUCAAAAUAUUGUUACAUAUUUUCGAUAAAAUUAUUAAAAAUAUACGAUGAAAGUAACAAUAAAAACAUAGAUAUUAUUUUGCUAAAAAGUAUUAAGGUAUAUACAUUUACAAAAAUUAACUAAAAUACGCGUUCGAUCAAUCAACUGUGCCAUCCACCGCUCAAAAAAAUACUGCAAAAAAUCAAUCGUGUUCGUAAAAAACCAAAUUAAAAAAAAAACUGAAUCUAGCUCGAUUAGAUUUUAACUCGUACUUAAU